GGCUAAACUCUCACAGAUAAGAGAUACAUUGGAAUAAACAGCUGUCACAGUUAAAUAAAUAUCCUGGAUAAUGUGCAGGACAGAAAUAACUGCAGCAUGGUCGAACUCCUUUCUUCACUUUAUUUAGCUGUUCUUGCACGUAGCUCCCAAUCUUUCCACUGCUUCAGUUAGUGGAGCAUUUAUUUUUGAGUCAGCUGCAUUUGUUAAGACUGUAACAACGAAAGGCAUUUCCUGGGAAUCUGCAAGGAUGAGCAGCAAGAAAGAACAACAGCUAAGGAAAUUCGGGACCCUAGUAGUGCUUUUUAUCUUCCAAGUUCAGAUUUUGGGUUUUGAUGUUGACAAUCGACCUACAACAGAUGUCUGCUCGACACACACAAUUUUACCUGGACCAAAAGGGGAUGAAGGUGUAAAAGGAGAGAGAGGAGAAGUGGGCAAACAAGGAAAGGUUGGACCAAAAGGACCAAAAGGACACAAAGGACCUGUGGGGGAUGCUGGUGACCAGGGAAUGCUUGGGAAAAUUGGCCCAAUUGGUGGAAAGGGUGACAAAGGAGCUAAAGGCUUAUCAGGGGUUUCUGGAAAAAAGGGAAAAGCAGGCACGGUCUGUGACUGUGGAAGAUACCGCAGAGUUGUUGGACAACUGAAUAUCAACGUUGCUCGUCUUAACACAUCCAUCAAGUUUUUAAAGAAUGUUAUAGCAGGUAUCAGGGAGACAGAUGAGAAAUUCUAUUACAUCGUGAAAGAAGAGAAGAAUUACAGAGAAGCCUUGAUCCACUGCAGGGACAGAGGAGGAACACUGGCCAUGCCUAAAGAUGAGGCAACCAAUGCCUUGAUUGCUGACUACAUCUCCAACAGUGGCCUCUUCCGAGCUUUCAUUGGGCUGAAUGACCUGGAGAAGGAAGGACAGUUUGUGUAUGCAGACAACAGCCCACUGCAGAACUACAGCAACUGGAAGGAAGGGGAGCCUCAUGACCCAGCUGGCCAUGAGGACUGUGUGGAAAUGCUCAGCACGGGAGAGUGGAAUGACUCUGAGUGCCAAGUCACCAUCUACUUCGUCUGUGAAUUCCUCAAGAAGAGGAAAUAAAAGUGCCACAGAAUUCCUCUGGCACCUGCCGUGCAUGCGAUAACCCCUCCUCAUUCACCCACUGUAGGGAGAGCAGAUAACCAGGGACAGGGCUCAAUCCAGCCUUCACCUCACUGGGUUAAGCAAGAGUAACUACUGUUAAGAUGGCAGUGACUGUAAAGUCAGCACAGGCAUGCAGGGAGCAUCCAGCCAGUUGUGAAUUCUGAUUUCAUUUCUAUGUGCCAUUUCGGGUGGGCAUUUCUACGCAUAAUUUAGGGGCAAAUUUAGAGCACACAGAGGUGAAUAUGGGUUCAUUAAUGCUAGGAAUGGUAAACUCACUGGUAUAUUAAUUACUGAUGUGUUUCACAAAGUCCACAGACAGAAAGAGUUGGGAUCUUUACUUAUCUUGGACCUCCAUGGGAAAUCCUUGCCAUUUCCCUGAUGACUUCAGAGCUGGGAGAACAGAUUUGUAGCUUCUCUUGAAAAAAAAUCCUUUUUUUAGAAUCAUAGAAUAAUUGAAGUUGGAAGGGAUCUCUCUCCUUGAAUCUUCCAUGCAAAGCAGAGCCAGCUUCAAACUUAGACUAAAAGUUGUUACACUCUCCUUAAUUUGGUGGUGCAAUUAUAUUGCCUCAUAUGCAGGGGAGGACUCACUUAUUUCAGCUGCCAAAUCUAUCGUCUGUCAGGCUGGUCUGAGGUGUGAGAAAUUAAUUUAGCAAUAGUGCUUCUGCAUGCAAGCCUGCGCAGCUUGUAGGCAACCUAAGGCUAGGUGGAGCAGUUCUAGUCUCCAGUCCCCCCAAAUCUAUGAAAAAUAUACAGAAGUCUAGCACAAAUUGAACAGUGCAAAGGAAGCAACACUAUUGCUGCAGGCUGUAAACAGGCACAUGUAGUAUCAGCUAUACCAGUGGGCACUGCUGGCUUAACAAAUGCCUCUAGGAAUGUUAACUCCCUAACUCAGUAGCUAGUAACAUUUGGUGCCUCACGCUAAAAUCACCUGUGCCUUUACAACACUGGAAGCAGCUAUACAGGCUUUAUCCCCUAAGAACUCAGAUUCAGGUGUGGUUGAACAACUUAGUCAUGAACUUCAGCAGGACUCUCCACAGAACAUGAGCAGCGAGUAUGAAGGCUUUGCUGCCCAAGCCUAGCUACUCAGCUCUCCAUGUCAGAAUGCCCACAAUGGAUCGUAUUUUCAUGUCUUCGAUAAUACUGGCGAAGCUCUCUUCUUCAGGCACAGGCAACAUUUUGCCUUCACAAGUAAGCCUGCUCUUACUCAUGGUUCACCUUUCUUUACAGCAGGAGAUGUCAAGAGAAAUGCCCGGGCCCCUGUAAUGAAAUUCUAUAGAUUCUCUUUCCUACCUGACACUAAAAUGAAGGAAUAAUAUCUGGAGGCUAAAGAGAAUGCUAGACACUAAACACAGUGCAGCAAUGUACCCUGCAGGGCACUCUGAACACUAGCUGCAUAUGGUCUUCCUCUGUGUACAUGAAGAGUUGGACCUGCCAUGAGCUAUUAAUGCAGAGGGGCAGCUCCAAGUCUCCCUUUUACUGCUGCGUACAGCACUGCAAAGACAAAUAGACAACAGUCUACUUCCUCAACCUCACCCUCAACAGGAAAAUCCUCCAAACCAUUUAGCUGGUUGUUAGUUUGACUCCAAGCUCAUACCUGAGCAAUGACCAAUGCAGGAGCAUCUCAGCAGACUCAGUGACUCAGAACCACUCUUGCAAUCCAGUUUCUCUGACACUUGUUCCUCCAGAAAACCACCUAUUGCUACGAGCAGUAAAUUACCCAUGUUGCCACACACCCUCCAGGGAACUAUUCAGGCCCAUGAAUGAAGGGGUGGAACCACAUUUUGUUUUAUUGCUGCCCUACUAUGCUAUGAGAGUGUUUGGGCACACAGGUUAACUUAACACAACAUAAUUCAUCCUGGAUUGUUCCUUUCCUGAGAAUUGAUAUUCCCCCAAAUUACACAGAAUUACACUUUUAAGGAUCUAUAAUAAUAAACUCAUUAAGCUAAA